GGAAGAUUUGUUGGCUCUCUGUCAGUGUGUUUCCCAGCAGCCUGCCGUGCUCACGGAUUAUUCCAUAUCAGUGCCUGGAUUCGAAGAACAGGGGCUUUAAUGUGCAGUGGAUACCGUCAACCACAUGGCUGCAGCAGGGAAACUUUCAGAGGACAGGUUGCUGCAAAUGUCCAGCUCUGAGCCUCAGGGCACAAUGAGAGGCCUGGGCUCCAACUCAGAUGAUCGCUCUCGCCUCACCACUGCCCUCUCCUGUCUGAAGAGUGCUAAUGAAACAGGAGAUGGCCUGGGGCCUGACUCAGGCUCCUGUAGCUCUGAGUCCCAACAGGACAGUGAUGCCCUCUCUCCCAUUAGCCCCUCCUCCAACUCUGGUAGCCCUCCCAUUCCACUGCAGCCCACCAGCACCCAUGGCCGCUCCAUCUCCAUAUCAGUGGUACCUUAUUCAAAUGACUACAGACCUUUCAUAUCAGCUGAUGAAAUGACAGACGCCUUCACUGUGGAGCCAAGCACCCCUCCAACCACCCAAGCCUCAAAGACACGCACUGCCAAGCCCUCCCACACACCACCACUGUCUUCCCGAAGAUUUUUGCAGCUCCUGCCCAACAUCACAAUGACAAGAUGCAAGAGUCAUGAGUCACAGCUGGCCAGCCGCAUUGAAGAGCCAGCUACACACAAGACCUGUAAGAAAAACAAAGUACUGGCUGCUAUUCAUUUAAAUGGCAGUGGGAACAGUACUGAGGACUCAGCACUGCGGUCACCGCUCCUGUCUGCCCAAACACCAGGCCCUAUCCCAGCCUCAGCCCCAUACAUGAUGCCUGCCAACCCUACCCUGCUGGACAAUGUGACCAUGCACAGGAGUUCCCCUCAGACGCUGAGGAGAGACAUUGGCCUGGCUGUAACACACAGGUUUUCAACCAAGUCCUGGCUAUCCCAGACGUGCCAAGUGUGUCGCAAGAGUAUGAUGUUUGGUGUCAAGUGCAAACACUGCAAGUUAAAGUGCCACAACAAAUGUACUAAAGACGCUCCAUCAUGUCGGAUAUCAUUUCUCACGUUGCCAAGGAUGCGUCGGGCGGAAUCAGUGCCAUCAGAUAUCAACAAUCGGAUUGACCACACAGUAGAGAUCCCAUUGCAGUUUGGAACUUUACCAAAGACAAUAACCAAAAAGCAGGAACCUACCCCCAGAUUAAACCAGUUGGACUCCAGCAGUAACCCAUCAUCAGCCACCUCUUCCGCUCCUUCCUCCCCAGCACAUUUCCAACAGAGUAACCCCUCCAGUGUCAGUGCUACUCCCCCACCCAACACAUCGCCACAGGGCUCCUGGGACAACCGCUUCCGCUUUCCAGAUGUUCCUGCAUCUAUAUAUGCUGCUGUGCAACAUUCUGGCAGCUACCAUGAUCCUGGGGUGUCCCAGGUUUGUGUCACUGAGACACAGCUGACAGCAGUGGAACAAGGAGCGGAGGAGGUGGAAGGAGCGUACCCAACUGGGGGUGAGGAAGCAGCUUACCAAUUCAGCAGAAAGAAGAGCACUGAGGAGUGUGAUGAGGACGGGCUGGAGGACCUGCCUUCUUCCAUAUGUCGUCGUGGGGCUGUUGGCCACUGGAGGGACCCCAUCUCUCGUAAGGCCAGCCAGACCAGUGUGUACCUGCAGGAGUGGGACAUUCCAUAUGAGCAACUGCAACUGGGGGAGCUUAUUGGAAAGGGUCGUUGGGGGAAGGUGCAUAAGGGGCGGUGGCAUGGUGAAGUGGCUAUUCGUCUCAUGGAAAUUGACGGCAACAACCAGGAUCACCUGAAGCUGUUCAAGAAGGAGGUGAUGAACUACAGGCAGACCAGGCAUGAGAACGUUGUCCUUUUCAUGGGCGCCUGCAUGGCUCCACCCCACCUUGCCAUCAUCACCAGUUUCUGUAAAGGUUUGACUCUAUACUCUGUUGUAAGAGAAAGAGUUCAAAUGCUAGAUAUCAAUAAAACAAGACAAAUUGCACAGGAUAUUGUAAAGGGAAUGGGUUAUCUUCAUGCCAAAGGCAUAAUUCACAAGGAUCUGAAGUCAAAGAAUGUGUUCUAUGACACCAACAAGGUAGUCAUUACAGACUUUGGCCUGUUUGGGAUGUCUGGAGUGGUACAAGAAGGCAGAAGAAAGAACGUUUUGCGAAUACCUCGAGGCUGGAUCUACUACCUGGCACCAGAGAUUGUUCAAAAAAUGAGCCCAGAGGUUGAUGAGGACCAGCUACCUUUCUCCAAAGCUGCUGACGUUUAUGCAUUUGGCACAGUCUGGUAUGAGCUUCAGGUUGGAGACUGGCCUAUCACUGACCACCCUGUGGAAGCUAAAAUCUGGCUAUUGGGCAGCAGCGAAGGCGUUAAGAGGGUGCUGGCAGAAGCCAACCUCGGCAAGGAGGUCACAGAGAUCCUGUCUGCCUGCUGGUCCCCUGAAGCAGACGACAGGCCCACUUUCACUCAGCUGGCAGACAUGCUGGAGAGACUCCCCAAACUGAACCGCAGGCUGUCCCACCCUGGACACUUUUGGAAGACAAAUGAGUAGGUAGAGAAAGGGGACAUGUAUUCCAAGUCCAGGGUGAACCAGCCUACAAUAUCAUUCACACCAUUAUUCAGAAAGGUAGUUUAUGUAUAAUUUGUUUAGUUGAUAAACUUCUGCUAAAAUCUACAUUUUCAUGUGAUGUAAACAGAAAUAAGAUGGAGCUAAAUUAAACCAAUACACCACCAAUUAAAUCAAAAUGUUCACCCUAAAUAGGAUUUUGUAAAGAAAUGCGUACAUUAUGAAGUUGUCUUGCAGAGUACCAACAUAUAUAAAUUAUCUUGUCCAAUGUGACUACUAUGUUCUAUUUUGAGGAAAUAUCUAAUAAGACUUUGAUAUACUUACCAUGGUGUUUUAGUUGCUGCUGCCUCUGUGAUUCCUAUAUCCUUCUUUUCAGACACUUGAAUAGUACCCCUCACAUUCAUCAGAAAUAUUGUCUCAUAUUUCCCAGUUUCACCCCUCCUUUCUCCUCUCUCUAUGAUUUCCCCUCCUCUGGUUGCUGACUGAUUCAUCUCUGCCUGUUCCUGCUGUGUCUGAUCUCCAUGGUCUCCCUCCUUACAUGUCCUCUUCUGUUUCUGUGCCUCUUUCUUUGCCCACUUGUUUUCCAACACUCCUGAUUUCUGUCCUCUCACUCCAUUAUUCUCAUUGUGAAGGCUGUGGGAUCACCAUCACUGUCUUAGAAAUCACUUUCAUCAGGGCCUUCAUGCACACUGUCUAGACAUGUACAAAUACAGCAGCUGAGAGAUAUGUGAUCAUUCUUUAUAUUUUAUUCAGAUUUUUUUUUGUUAAUAUUCUUGUCAGGCAUGUUACACAUCCCACCUGUUUGUCACCUGCUGUUAACAUGUGAUCUGUAUGUGUUGUACAUGAUAUCGGGAUAUGAAUGAAGCAGUCUAAUUUUGGGUAGUUUUUCUAAUAAGAAAAAAUGUUUAACACA